UUCCAUUUCUAUUCCCAUUCCAUUUCUCAUCUCCAUCAAAUCUUUCUUCCUAGGGUUUUCUCAAAACCAUAUUGAAAAACUAAACAAGCAACAAAAAUGGAUGUUGAAAGUAUUUUUCCAUCAGAGAGUGAUCUUGAUCUAAGUUUCACAAGUUGUGCUUCAUCAACAACAACAGAUCGUACCUUCACUUGUUCCAGUGGUCGCAGUAGUUUAACAUUAAGUUUCAAUGAAUCUCGUCUUGGUACGUCUUCAUCUUCUUCAUUAUCAUCAAAUACUCAUAGACCUCACCGGAAAAAUGAUCCACAUUGGGCAGCUAUUCAAACAGUAACAAAUCUAUCACCUGAUGGUACUUUACAUCUAAAUCAUCUCAAACUUCUUAGUCAUCUCGGUAGUGGCAAUCUUGGACGUGUAUUUCUCUGCCGUCUUAAAGAUUAUGAUAAUACCGAUGCUACUUUUGCUCUUAAAGUUAUUGAUAGAGAAUCAUUGACUAAUAAAAAACUUUCUCAUGUUAUGAUGGAAUCUCAGAUUCUUUCAAUAGUUGAUCAUCCAUUUCUUCCUACUCUUUAUGCACACAUCGAUGUUUCUCAUUACACAUGUCUUCUGAUCGAUUACUGUCCCGGUGGUGAUUUGCAUUCAUUAUUACGUAAGCAACCUGGAAACCGCUUUAGAAUCGACGCCGUUAGAUUCUUCGCCUCGGAAAUAUUAGUUGGUUUAGAGUAUUUGCAUGCACUUGGAGUGGUUUACAGAGAUUUGAAGCCAGAAAAUAUUUUAAUCCGUGAAGAUGGUCAUGUUAUGUUAUCAGAUUUUGAUCUGUGUUUUACUGCUGACGUGGUGCCUACAUUGCAAAAGCGGUUUUCUUCUAAAAAAGUGAGAUCAUCUAAAAGCCGGUUUAGUUGUUUCGGAGCGGUUUUUGGACGGAGAAGAGAAAUCAGUGAUGAGGAAAUGACUGAGUUUGUAGCUGAACCAACCGGAGCUUAUUCUAGGUCCUGUGUUGGAACUCAUGAGUAUUUAGCACCUGAGUUAGUUAACGGCAACGGACACGGUAACGGUGUUGAUUGGUGGGCAUUUGGGAUUUUCUUGUACGAGUUAUUGUACGGAAGAACUCCGUUUAAGGGACGCACAAAAGAACAAACGUUGAGAAACAUAGCAUCAUCACGGCCGUUUGAUUUUCCAGAGUGCGACGUGGAAGAAGAAGAUGGAGUGGCGGAGGUUAAGGAUUUGAUAGCAAGAUUGCUAGUGAAAGAUCCAAGGAGAAGACUAGGAUGCGCAUGGGGUGCUUCUGAUGUUAAACGACACCCAUUUUUUGACCAGAUUAAAUGGGCUUUGAUUAGGACUUAUAGUCCACCUGAUGUACCUGGGCUUUUGAAGAUGAAGAAGAAGAAGAAUCACGUGAUGAGUCACGUGGGUAGUAGUGGUAAAUUCUCUACUUCGUCGUUUAAGAAAAUAAGCCGGUGGUCAUGGAGGGGUUUAAGUAGUUUUAUUAAAGGAAAAAGAGUGUGAGAUUCUAAUUAUAAAUAAAAAGUUGGGAGGGUUAGAAUGUAAAGGGAAGUAGUAGUUGCAGUAAAAAUUCAUAUUUAGCCUGUUUUUAUUUGUGAAAAAAAUGAGAGGUUACUUGGCAUUUUUGGGAUUCUUUUUUGUGUGUAUGUGUAGUGUUGUCUUAGAGAGAAAAGGGAACCCACGUGAUGAUGGGGUUUAUGAAUUACACAUUUUACGGUACUAUGAACGGUGUUGCAUAUGAUUGUAAAAUGAAAGGAGAAUAAAAUACAUAUUGAACUUUUUA